UUCCAACUUGAUCCUCAUUACAAGCAAGAAAAGGAAGCAAUGAGGAUUACCGUCAAAUAGAAAGUAUUAAUAAUCUUGCUGCAAGCUUGGUACAACAUGCCCAAAAGACAGAGAAAAAGUAGUGUGUAUGAGGAUUUAGGGAAGGAAGACAAUGUUACAGGAAGCAAUGAUAAAAAUGUUGAAGGAAACCUGACAAUUGAAAUGCAAAGACUGGAGCAUGUCAAGGCAAAGAAAAGAGGGAGACCGAAAAAACCAGAGAAAUCUUUUACACAAACGAGGGAAAAUGAUGGUGAAGGAUCUAACUUGGAUAAUAAUAAGGAACUGGAGAUAAUGGAAUCUAAGAGGAUGACAGGAACCUCUACCGACCAAUGUGGAAUGAAUGUGGCAGCUUCUGAUGCACAGAGAAAUGAACAAAACAGGCCCAACCAAGUUGUUGAUGAUGGUCUCGGAGGAAAAACAGCAUUUAACAAUGAAAAAACUGAGUUGACAUUGAUAAAAAGAAAACGAGGGAGACCUAAAUGUCUACCAGAUGCAAAAUGUCGCAAGUCAAUGGAUGAAAGCACAGUAGCAGAUUUUACCAGUUUAGAUCGUUCUGUGGAAGAGACAAGAAAUGUCAAAAAAACUAAAGAAUUGUUAAAUCCAAACACAAGAAAGAAGAAGGAAGGAAUCAUUACAUUUCAAAGUUCUAGUGGAAGAAAAAUCAGCUUAACAACAAAAUUUGCUGAAUCCUUAAGUUCUGCUUCAAAGGAAAGUGUCAGACAAGACUUAGAGAAAACAAUGGGUCCAGGUACAGGCAAAGACAGAGGAAGAGGCAGGAGGAGGGAAAGUGACACUUUUCUGAAUAAGGAAGACGACGAAAAGAUGAAUUUUUUUCAUGAUGAACUAUUGUUAGAAUCUUGCUCCCCAGAUUCUACAGGUCAUGAUGCAGAUCGACCCAAAGGUAGGAGAAGAGGUCAAGCUAAAUCAGGAAAACACAAAUUAGUGAACAGUGAUGAAAGUGAUGUUUCGGUUCCUAAGGCAGGACACUCAGGUAGAGUUAAAAACAAAGGACAAAAGGACAGUUCAGUGAAUGAGGAAGUCAGUAGCUUUGUGUGCAGUGGUUAUGAUACUGAUGCUGAUGAAAGCACUGACAGGGACAACACUGAUUCCUCUAUACCUUCAUUUAGUGGAUAUAGUAGAGGAAAACGUGGCAGAGGAAAAGCAACAACAACUAAGGGAGAUAAAAGUAUACAAGAUACUGAAAACAACAUCAGUAAUGGUUGUUUAAAUGACAGUAUUGAUAACGAAAGUCAACCUUUAGAAUCUUCUACACCGAAAGUCAGAGGCCGAGGACGUCCAAGGGGGCGACCAUCAGGAAGGGGGAAAACUACCCCCAUAAGACCUUUACAUUUAAAAGAAAAAGAAAAAAGUAAUGAUGAAAUGUCUGUCGAUGAAAGCUUGUCUAAUGAAUCUGACAAAUCAGAACUUAAUACACCAAAGGUUGGAAGUAGGGGUAGAGGUCGAGGCCGCGGGAGGGGUCGAGGUCGAGGUAGAGGAAGACCUUCAUUAUCUGACAAUUGUAGCUAUAAUUCAGAUAGCGACUACACUCCAAAUGUUAGAGGGAGAGGACGAGUUAGAGGUCGUGGUAGAGGCCAAGAUCGAAAUAAAAGUAUGCAAAGCUCUGGCAGUGCUGAUGAUUCAGGGCCAGAAAUAGAGCAGGAAUCCUUCAAAUGUGUGCAUUGUGGAAAUGAAUAUAAGGGAAAAAAUGGCAUUAGUGAUCACAUGAUGAGAAUCCAUUCUGCUGUGUGGUCUAAAAAGUGUCCUGAAGGAAUGACAGACAAUGCCUCUCUUAGACUUGUUUUGAAAAAAAUAAAACGUCUGCUGUGUCCAAAAUGUGGGAAGGAGCUGAGAUUUAUACAGUACUACCACAAACACCUGGAAUGGUGUGGAAGGGAGAAUGAGACAUUUGUUUGUGACAUUUGUAAGAAGGAAUCCAAAUUGAUGUGGCGUGAACAGCACAUGAAUUAUCACAGCCUUUCUGAGCGGAAAAAAGAAAUUGCGAAAUUAAAAAUGGAAAAACUUCAAACUGAAGAAGAUGAUGAGGAGGAUGUCUCAAGGAAGAAGCGAAAAGCAUCUGAAAAAGCCAGGAGUCUACUCUCAGAUCUGUCAACCAAGGGAGACCUGAUGAGAGAUGAACUUGAUGAUGACUCUUCAGGUGUAAAUCUGGAUGAUGAAUCGUCAUCUGAUGAAAAUUUCGAGACAGAUGUUGAUGAUGAUGAAGUUAAUAACUUGAAAAUGAAUAAUACAAAGUCCAAUGAAAGAUCUCAGCGGUUUCCUUUGGGUCGUGAGAAGGGUGGACGGGAACAGUUCAGUUAUAUGUUAAAGAAAACAGUGGACCAAAAUAAAUCGCAGAUAAGAAAGUUCCCAGAUAUUUCUCCUCAGCUGGAGGACUGGAUGGAAGUGGAUGUCAGUGCUGUAGAAGAAUAUCUUCCAAGCACGAAGGAGAGUGUGGAUUUUAUUGUUAAACUAAAGAAUUCUAAAACAAAACAAGGAAAACCCAAAACAAUUCCAAGGUUUGGGUCAGUCUUAGGCAGUGGGCAUGCCACACUCUUUGUUGGUGGACCAGUGUGGGGUCUUGCAUGGUGCCCCCAACCCCUUAAGAUGAAGUCCCCACAAUACCUAGCUAUUUCUUGCAACUCUGAUAUGGACCAAACAAAUCUGAUCUACAAAAGUGUCGCCCAACCUGGUAUCAUACAGCUCUGGGAAGUUGGAGUUCGUACAAAAAAAUCAAACUGUCAAUCUGCUCGGCUGGUGUUGUGUAUAUGUCACGAGAGUGGUCAGGUGCGCCAGCUACAGUGGUGUCCUAACUUGUGUUGUGACACGUUAGACCAGACAUCACAGACUAUCCCACGUCUAGGAUUAUUAGCAGCUGCCUGUUCAGAUGGCUGUCUCCAUAUAUACAGCAUUCCUCAUCCACGUUCAUUAAUUGACAACGUAGAGGAUGACAAGUCCAUGUGUCAAACACAAGACAAAGGGUCAACAGUCGCAGAAAAACCAUUACAGGAUAAAGGUGAAGGAUCAAAGGUCAAGGAACAACGGCAAAGAAACGAUGAGUCAGAGAGGGAAAAUUUGAAAUCAGAUCAUUUGGAUCAGUCAUCAAACAUUGAUAAGAAUUCAGCAGAGGCUGAUGAGAGGCUAAGAGAACCUGCCUUUUAUCAUGUAAAGCCAUCACUGACUUUACAGCCUUCAUUUUGUAAAGAGGAGUCAUCACCCUGUUUAUGUGUCGCCUGGCAUCCUGAUCCAGUUUAUCCGUGGAUCAUAGCUGGAUAUGCAGAUGGUGUUGUGCGAGUAUGGGACCUCACAUCUACCUCAUCUCUAGUCAGGAUUCCGUCACAAGAGGGCAGCACCCGUCUUUAUCCUUUUAAAUCCUUCCAAGCACAUAAACGGGCUGUGUAUACUUGUUCCUGGUCCCCUCAUGUGCCCCACUGUUUUGUUACCUCAGGUGCUGACAAAGAAGUAUAUAUCUGGGACCUUCGCAACACAGCAGUCACCGUCCAUUUGGAUAAGUAUUGUACUAGUGUUGGUGUGUCAAGUGCCUGGCCGUCCAACCUCCUUGGUCUUUUGUACACCAUGGAUGAUUGCUACAUGUAUAAUUACUGCUACCUGAAGAUGUUACCCUACGGUUCAACACUAGAUUCUACACGCAUCAAAGGAGCCCCUAUGUGUCACAUGCACUCCACUAUGUGGUCAGUGACCUUUUCUGAAUGGUUGAGUCUAGCUCUGACUGUUGAUGACAUUGGAAGUGCCGUCUGUCUCCAGUUUCCCUCCUUUAAUAUGGAGACUGGACAUGUUGCCCGCAAGUUCAUACUGGAAAUAUUCACUUCUUCUUUAAUACCCAGAAAAGUUGAAGAUGACAAUUUGAUCGAAAACAUCGAAAACAAAAAAGAUUCAGCAGAAAAAGUCAAAGAUGGAGAAAAUUCAACCGAAAUUGCAGUAAAAACAGAAGGAAAACCCAAGAAAAAGAAUAAAGGUUGUGGAAAGGAUAUCAAAGCUGAACAUUGUUAUAAAACUUACAGAGAAGCAGCAGAGAAUGCAGUGUUAGAAUAUAUUGAUGGCAAAGAUGCAGCAUUCAGUGAAACCAUGUAUAAGGAACAGAAUCUACUCACCAUUCCCCUGGUGGCCGUUCAUAGGGCGGAUUUCAACCCUAACCUACAUGCCUGUUCCUGGGUGGCUACUGGUGGUUGUGCAGGCCUAGUUCGUCUGCAUAAUAUGUAUAAUAUGGUCCAUCCAGAGACACGAAUCGUAAUGGAAGACAAGUUAUGACCCUUGCCCUUCAGAUGAUGAAGAAAACAAUUCCAUGGUGUCUUUCUCAACCUCAAUAUUUAAUACAUUAUGCCUUUCUGAGGCAGAUGACAAAAGAAGUAUUAGCAGGCAGAAUGCCUCUGGCAAAAUUUAGCAUUUCAAUGGCAUCCUCUCCGUCCUUCCAAAGAUUUGAUUCAUCUGACUUUCUGAGGCAUACAAUGAAAGCAAUCAUUCAGAAUGUGACAUUUGAAUGACAUUUCUCUUGUCCUUUAGAACAUAUGGUGCUCUGCAUUUUUCAGGAAAAGUAUAGAAGAUGAGUAUGUGUUUCUCCUGUUCUUCAGAAUAUUGAAUAUAUCUUGGACACACAAUGGAAAAAAUAUCGGUAGGCAAACAUCAAAGGUUUUUAAAGUCUGUCAGUUACGUAUCAGGAUUACAAUAAUUAUAAUAAGGUAUAUGAUUACUAUUGUUGAAAUUUUUAAAGUACUAUCAGUUAAGUAUAUAUAGAUAAUGACAAUGGCUUCAACUUGAAUUACUGAAGAUUGAUAUAAAUCUUAUCAACUACCAUUUUAGAUGGUUGUGAGAAGUAAAGAAAUUAAAAAUCUGUGUGCGAUGA